AUCUAACCUAAAUCAGCAACGAUAAGUAAUGAUCAGCAAUGAUUGAACGUGUAAGGGUCUUCGUGAUCAAAGCGAAAGCGGGCAAUCUUGGAACUUCUUGUGACGUUCAUUCAUGAAUUACCGUGUAGGGUCUGCUUAACAGUUCCACUUUAAGAUUAUCAUAUGUUUUAAUGUGAUGAAAUGUAACCUAUUGAUGGGGUGUUUAGAGAGUUUAUAUGUGGGUUUUAUCGCUAACAGAAGUGUUUGCAAUAUGAUUUUGAAGACCUUCUAUAAUUUUUUUGAAUCUGCUUUUUAUACUUUUUGUAGGGAGAGCUAAGUAUAAUUCGGAACACACUGUAACGAUGGAAUCAGGAUCACUGGUUAUUUCUAGAGCUGCUGAUACUCGGUCUUUUGUAACUGUGAUAGUUUCGAACAGGAUAUGUAAUUGGAUGCAGGAAAGUAGGUGGUUUUUGUCCGGUGAUUCAAUAAGUUUGUUUACGCAUAGCAAUGUGUCGUUCAAUGUUCUAUGUUCCUGGUUACUUCUUAUUCUUUUAUUCGACCUCAGCUUCCCACCAAUUACCCGCAUUAUAGAGAAUUCGUAUACGGGUGGAAAGAUGCUGUAGGCCCUACACAUUUUAAUUUGGAAAGAAGAGAAGGAAGUAAGACAAGCUGCAGCUGCUUUGAGGACCGGCUUCAGGUGGAAGAAUGGAUAAAAGGAAAAGCGUGGGCUUGUGCACACAAACAAAUCUACAGCUCAUAAAUAAUAAUGUUAAACAAAAUUUUAAUUAAAUAGACCUAUACUGCCAGCAGUGGCAUACUGCGUAAUAUCCCACUGCUACUACAACCCGUAUUGUCUGUAUGGCAAGGCAGGGAGAAAAAAAAAAAGAAUAUACUUUAUGUUAUCAGUAGCAGGAGUUGGUUUUGCAAAUCUGUACUUAUCAGUAAGUUUCUUUUAGCAAUGGGUUCUAAUUCCAUGAUCACUGAUAUUAUUUUUUUAUUCGUUUAUAAGGAGAACAUGCGGGUUAGAACGACUUGGCGAUUGAGUAUAUAGAUUAAUUGGAGUCUUUUCUCUAUGGCUUAGUUUCUCCUCCAAAACUUUGAUCUUCUCAACUAAACAUUCGAUAAUUGACGAUAAUAUCUCUAGUAGGGUAUAAAUAGGUAUAAAUCAUAUGCCAGAACCGCCAUUUAUACCAUACUUUCUCUAUUUGUUGGUCCGUUUCAGUGCGUAUGGGCGGCGAAGAUACAACUUUAGAAAAGGUCUCCAAAGCAGCAACAAUAGGAGUUUUAUCAUCAACAGUUCUUUUGGCCACAAAAUAGGGUACUCUAUCGGUCACCCUUACUUUCUGAAUUUCUUUUUCUUUAAAGAAUAUAGUAGAGCUUCAAGACCAUGAAGAUUGUGCAUCGGAACAGAUUAUACAUUUAAUCGGUGUACUACACGGGCGGAUCUACGGGGGGAGGGGGCUUUCGGGCUGAAGCCCCUCUCCCCAAAAUGGGAAAAUAUAACCAUGUUUUAUCGAAAAAAAUAUUAAAAAAUUAUCCCUCAAAGUGUUAUUGUUCGUGUACUUACAUUUAAAAGGGCUUUAGGAAUCAUUUAAACACAAUUUCAUAUAGGUUGUUAGUUUCUUUCUUUUUUUCCAAAGUAAUUAUCGUUAUUUUUAUGAAAAAAAAAAUUUCUGGCUGAAGCCCCCCUCCCAAAAUAAAUCCUGGAUCCGCUAGUGGCGUACUACAUUUGUUAUCGUGCUGUGAAAGACCAAAUUUACCACAAAUUUUAUGCUGACACUUAGUUGAAGUAUUGCAAUGGAUUUGGAAUAUACUUACUUUUAUAUUCAAGAAAACUUGAUUGAGAUAAGCAGGCAAUUCGGGUGUCUCAAAAGUUAAUAUAAGUGAUGUCGUCGGUAUCUUCAUUUCACCAUACUUUCUUAAUAUCCUUUAAACUUCUACCACUCCUUCGUUAUGUAGAUCUUCCUUAAGUUCAUCUUCCGAGCAGCUAUUAAACUCAGGGCAUAAUAUAACGCCUUUACUGAAAUUAAGGAAUGAGUGGAUAGUAAAAUUUACUGCAGAAUUAUCUUAUGAUUUAAUAUUUUUUAAAUUCAAAAAGUCCUUUUCAUUAAAGACUUCUAUUGGCAAAUUUCCAUUUCGUACAAUUUUGACAUUUGUUUGCGGUGCAAAACUUUUAAUGAAUCGGCAUACUUUAGAUGGACUAGAGGUAAGAAAUGUCUUACCCUCCUCAGCAAGAGAAGUCUCUAAGUACCAUUAGGUUCCAGGACGCUUAGAAAACAUUGAGAUGUCUGGAAGUUUCGGUCCUUAGCUUCCGACAUUUCAACUUCCUGUUUAGUUUGUUAUUGAUAGUAACUUAUUUUAGAACGCUUCUUCUUCUAAAUGCGUUCUGAUGCUUGAAAUAUUUAAAUUCAAAUCAAUAAAACAUUUAAAAGUUAAGAUAAAUAGCAUUUUAAUUGAGUAGCAAAAGCUUUUUAAAACAUUAAAGUUAAGCGCCAUAUAAAUUGAAGCGUCCAACUUUUGAACAUAUUUAUUAAAAUUUUACCAUUAAAACUCUUUGAAAUCGUAUGAAAACUGAGGCCAAAAGAACAUGAUUGUACACUUUUUAAAGUCAUAGAUUUUUUUAAUUUUAGUGAAAGUUUUGCUAUACUCGUCCAAGUGUGUGGCGCCUGCAAUAAAUCGUGAAAAUUAAUACAAAUAUAAUAAGUUAAUUUUAUUGGAUUUUUAACUACAUCUACCUUUUCCUGUAGAAAAUUCAACUGGCUUAUGCAAUGAGUUUAAAAGCCUCCAAAACAAUGAUAGUCGGAAUAUAGAAAACAAACGAUCCCACCGCUCUCCCCACUCCUGCGUUGGUUUCGUAACAGAUGGGGUUCGGCGGCCGCUUUAUUCCACUCCGAGAACUCGCGUGUGUAGGUUAAUUUAAAACAAUCGUUCAACAUGCCCCGUGAAACUUCAGCAGAACAGUUGAAUGAGUUCAAGUCCAAGCAAAAGACAUUAGACACUUUAACUACUGGUUCUGGAAACCCAGUUUGUAGUAAAAGUGCUAGUCUUACGGUUGGAAAAAGGGGACCAAUUCUGAUACAAGAUUUUACACUUAUUGAUGAACUUGCACAUUUUGAUCGUGAAAGAAUUCCAGAAAGAGUUGUUCAUGCAAAAGGAGCAGGUGCUUUUGGAUAUUUUGAAGUAACCCAUGAUGUGACAAAGUACACUAAACUUUCUGUCUUCAGUCAAAUUGGUAAAAGAACACCAGUUGGUGUUCGUUUCUCUACUGUAGGUGGUGAAAGUGGAUCCGCUGAUACAGCAAGGGACCCUCGAGGUUUUGCUGUUAAAUUCUAUGCUGAAGAUGGUAUCUGGGAUGUGGUUGGUAACAAUACCCCCAUCUUCUUCAUUAGGGAUCCAAUUCUGUUUCCUAGUUUCAUCCACACCCAGAAGAGGAAUCCUGUAACACACCUCAAGGAUGCUGAUAUGUUUUGGGACUUCAUUUCUUUGAGACCCGAGACCACCCAUCAGGUUCUUUUCCUGUUCUCUGACAGAGGAACUCCUGAUGGCUAUAGGCAUAUGAACGGUUAUGGCUCACAUACUUUUAAACUUGUAAAUGCCAAGGGUGAAGUCCACUAUUGCAAGUUUCAUUACAAGACAAAUCAAGGAAUUAAAAACUUGUCUGCCAGCCGAGCAGCAGAACUUGGAGGUUCUGACCCUGAUUACAGUAUCAGGGACCUGUACAACGCCAUUGCGAAUAAGCAAUACCCAUCCUGGACCUGGUAUCUGCAAGUCAUGACUCCUAAGGAGGCCGAAACCUCUAAAAUCAACCCCUUCGAUAUUACGAAGGUAUGGUCACAUGCAGAAUUCCCUCUCAUUCCUGUUGGAAAAAUGGUGCUGGAUCGUAAUCCUAAGAAUUACUUCGCUGAAGUUGAACAAAUUGCCUUCAGCCCUGCCCACAUGAUCCCUGGUGUCGAGCCAAGCCCUGACAAAAUGCUUCAGGGUCGACUGUUCUCCUAUACCGACACCCACAGGCACAGGCUUGGUGCCAACUACAACCAACUUCCUGUCAACUGCCCGUACAGAACCAAGCUUUCCAACAGCCAGCGUGAUGGACCCAUGGCCUAUGAAAAUCAAGAUGGCACUCCCAACUACUUCCCUAACAGCUUCAACGGACCUCUGCCAGACCCCUCAUCAGCUACAUCCCAGUUUACUGUUGUUGGUGAUGUUGAAAGACAUGAGUCUGGUGAUGAGGACAACUUCUCCCAGGCCACCCUCUUCUAUAGGAAGACCCUUAAGGCAGAAGAAAGGAAGAGGUUAAUAGAGAACAUUUCUGGAAAUCUGAAAGAUGCUGCAGAUUUCAUUCAGGAAAGAGCUCUCAAGAACUUUUCCAAAGUGGAUGAAGAGUUUGGAAAACUUUUAAAGGAGGCUUUAUCGCAACAAACUAGGGCUGCUAAACCACAUUUAUAAGUCACUGGCUUUUGUUUAUACAACAUAUUUUUUUAAACUUUUUUACUGUAAAAAAAUCAAAACAAGAAAUUAUAAUUUUUAGAGGUAUAAUUGUAUCAUAACCUAUUAUUAUGUUGUCUUACUUGUUACAUGUUAAUACAUUUUUGUUGUUAUAGUUUUUAUUGUUGUUAUUAUUUUUCAUUCUCUAUUUUGUUUUUUUAAUUUAUAAAAACUACGUUUAUGUUUUGUGCAGUAAAUAAAUUCUAUACAAUAUAUAUUUA